CUUACAGGUCUGCUUCUAUUUCAAAUCGCCCUGCCAGAGGUGAAGCUGAAGCUUCGAAGACCUAUGUCCCGAUCCGGAUGUCCCGUUUUGGCAGUCAGCACAGUGUUCACACACACAAACCCAAUUCACGCUUCUUGGCAUCUGCAUCUACCUAGUCGAUUAUAUAAAGUGCACCGAUAUGAACCUCAAUUUCCAUCAUCGCAGCCCCCGUCCAAUCAUCGAUGUCUUCAGCACUCUUACCAUCCCGAGCACAAUGCAUCCAGGUCACUGACAAUGUCCAACGCUGUCAGUGUUCAUGUUCGUACCGACCCUGCUAGAACCUUACAUCUGUGGUCAGUGUGGACACGGUAUUCAAGCGCAUGCCGACUAUGUUUCAAUGGUCGUCAGCCACUAUCCUGCGACUCAAUGUGUCGCGUAUGUCCAAAAAACGCCUCUGACACAACGUUGCACCUGUGAAGUUUGGCUUUGCGAUCACGUCGCCAUCGAUAACCCGUAUCGUGUCGCGGAGCCGUGGAAGGUGUUGGAC